CGCGCUGCCGUACGCCUCCUCGAUGAUGGCGAACGUUCGGGAAAAAACAACUUGUUGACAUCCAAGAAGAGUAUAUUUCCCUUUUUUUCUCUUCAUUUUAUAUAUUUCGCACAUUAAACUAAGAUUUACCAGAUUAAGUCUAGUUCUCAUCUUCCUGCUGCUUGUCCUGACGUCUGCAGAUCAUGGAUCCAGAAGGAACUGAACCUCAGCCAUCAUCUUCAGCACCCAUCGAGGUCGUCAACUCCAUUCGUGAGCGUGCGAUCGCAGAGAACAGCAUGGUGGUCCUGCUGCAGGGUCUGCAGGGCCAGGUGACGACGGUGGACAUGAGGAACGAGUGCACGGCGCGGGGACGUGUGGUCAACGUGGACGCCUUCAUGAACAUUCGCCUGGAGGAGGUGCUGUACCAGGACGGCCGCGGUCGGCGCACUCAGCUGCAGGACCUGUUUAUCACCGGCAGGAACGUCCGCUACGUCCACAUCCCUGACCACAUGGACAUAAUGAAGACCAUCCAGAGCCAGCUGGCCCGGAUCCACAGGGUCCGAAACUUUGCCAGUCUGGGAGGAGGAAGGAAGGAGUUCACCAAGAAAACCAAGUGACUUCUUUUCUCUGUUUGUCUAAGAAAAAAUGAGCCGUCUUGGCAGCUGCCUGAGAUGAAAAUGAUACAGUCAGAAAACACAGACGUUUGUGUCUUUUGUUUUUGACUUGACUGGACAUCACUGGAGAUAAGUGACAAAGUAAACCGCGGGUCACGGGAGAAUUUAUGGUCUCACUCACUUUGGUCCAGAUGUUGUUUUUUUCUUAAGAAUCUGAAGGGUUUUGGUUUUUUUUUUUUUGGAGAAACUGCAUGAGAUCAGUUUGCAACAGUUUAAUACACACG